CAGUUUUUUUGCCCACCCCUGCCUCUACUCCUCUACUCAGUUUUCAGCAGGAAUUGCAGUUUGUGAUGUUUGCUACGGCAGACGCAGACGAUAAGCUUCACCCUCUUCGAUUCACACUCUAAUUGCGACGCAAGCCGGGCAGAUGCAGGCGGGAAACAAACACCGCCAACUUCCUCAAGACGAGACGAGGAGAAAGGACACGAGUGUUGCACCAGAUUAUCAGAGUAGCAGCUUGAAGAAGGCACGGCUACAUUCAACACUGACUGCUCUCCUUAAUGAUCCCAUACUUGCUGAUGUCCCCAAGAAACCAUUAUUCUCUGAUGUAGACACCCUGAUAAGCUUGGAACUUGGCAGUGCUAUGCGGAUAAAGAUCCUUAAAUUGGACAACACAUCAAUCGAUGUGGCUGUCCUGAAUUCAGCAACAGUUAAGGACUUGAAACAAGCAAGUCGGAAGAAAAUAGCAGAGAUGGAGGAUUCAAAGAUGGGCCAUCGCCAUAUUUCUUGGAAACAUGUUUGGGAGAAGUUUUGCUUUUCAUAUAAUAAUGAGAAGCUACUUGAUGAUGGGGCUAAACUUCAGGGCUAUGGAAUAAGGAACAACUGUGUGGUACAAUUUAUUCCCUAUGUUAUGUCAAGAGCCUCACGAAGACAUUCGAGGAGUAGAAAACACCGCUUCUUUCACGGUCUUAACAGAACUGGGUGAACUCGGUAUGGUUAAAAUGGAGUUAAUAGAGCAUGGCCUCACUCUUUCCAUGAGUUCACAGAUUUAGACAAAUUGGCAUAGUGCGAUUCGGUGGUGGCCCAAACAAAGCUUCCGGGACGAGAUUUUGCCACACAGAUCUAGCUGCUACAUGUUGAGAGCAAUCAGGUCUCAGAUCUGAAUUGAUGCCAACGACGAUGAUUAUGACUACUGUGGAGUAGGCAAUCAGAGUUCAUAUUUUCUUUUCUUUUUUUGUACAUAUUUGUGUUUUUGUGUGAAGAAUCUUCAAAUUGGGCACCCUAGUUGCCAAUUUUUUGUUUUAACCUUCAUUUUUCAAGAGACUUUAAUUUUGGG